CGUUAUGUAUUGGUGCGAUGGGAAAAGUGGCCUCAUAGAAAAAUCAAAUUUAGAUGGCACGAACCGGCGUGUACUUAGUGAUCAAUAUGGAAAAGCUCAUUUCUUUGGAUUGGCACUUGACAGAAAAAGAUUAUACUAUACAGACUGGUCAAGAAGUUAUGUUAUGGAGCUGUUGAUUCGGAGUGGUAUGCAUUACCAACUGGGCACGGAGACGUUUUCAAGAUUGAAUGGAAUAUACCUUCAUAAAGGAGGAUCUUAUGUUCAGGAAUCCACUGGAUGUACCUAUAAACGAGGAGGGUGCUCCCAUAUAUGCAUACCUCGGCCAAAGGAAAAAGUAAAAUGCUUGUGUCCUGACGGAAUGUCUUUACAAAAUGAUGAUAAGGAGUGUGAAGUAGAUCUACAGGACGCUUCUGAACCACUGCGUUUGCUGGUAAUAGGGAAGGUUGGUGUCGGUAAGAGUACCGUUGGUAAUGUGCUAAUCGGAAGAAAGGUAUUUGCAGUUCCUUUAGUACUUUCCAAUCAACCUGGAACAUUAAAGUCAACAGCUGUAGAAGCUACCAAUUUUCUGGGACAACAUGUUCGCAUAAUUGAUACUCCUGGUGUGUAUGGGUCAAACCAAGAAGAAAAGACAAUCAAAAAUGAAAUAGCUAAGGGGCUGCGACUAGCUAAGCCAGGUCCACAUGCACUUCUCUUUGUCACUAGAAUAGGAAAAUUCACGGCAGAGGACGAGAAAGCCAUUGAGUUUUAUGAGAGAAAUUUUGGAAGUCAAAUAACUAGAUACAUUGUUGUUGUAUUUACUGGAAAGGAAAAAUUGGUAGGUGAAGGCAUAAAUAUUCAUGACUACGUCAAAUCGCUGAACCCAAAAUCGAAACUGAAAGCUUUGAUUGAAAAGACGGAACACAGAUAUGUCGCAUUCAGUGAUACGGGUUUUAUAUUAGACCAGAAGAAAAACGUUGACAAUCUGUUAGACAUGAUUGGAAGAAUGAUGCUGAAGAACCUAGCUAGUCCAUACUUUGGUGACCCUGAAGAUGCAUUUGUGAAACAUGAAAAGGAAAAAUACAAACCCUAAAGAAGAUUCCUGAC